AUGAAAUUGAACGUCACAAAUGUCCUCUUCUAUGCGUCCUUGGGUGCUGUUACGGCUCAAAUCCCUGCUCGCAAUCCAGUGAGCGUGGGUCCGCCACUUGAGUUGAUGCGCCUCUAUUUUGACGAAUGGCCGACAGGGGUAGCUGUCUCUGCCUCUGGACGCAUGUUUUCCUGCUAUCCUUUGGGGCUUGACUACAAUACGAGAUACCAGGUCGCCGAGCUUGGAUCGAACAACACCGAAAUCCCUUUUCCCAGUGCACAGGUAAAUUCUCCCUCAGGAGGAGCAGUCAACUAUUCAACCAAUCCGCCCACCACAACAGGUCUUUCGGACUAUCUGAUGUCUGUCCAAAGUGUGGUUGUCGACCCCAAAGAUCGUUUGUGGAUAUUGGACACUGGCCGAGCCCUCCUCAGCAACGGCACACUAACCACCUCUAACCUUGGUGGUCCUAAACUGGUGGGCGUUGGCUUGACAAAAACUACCGUUUUCCAGAGCAUUCUUUUCCCGCCGACGGUGGCUUAUCCCGACUCCUACCUUUACGACGUUCGAUUUGACUUGCGUUCUUCUCUUACGACCUCGGGCCAAGGUAUCGCCUACAUUACGGAUUCUUCUAGCAAAGUGCGGAAUGGAAUCAUCGUGGUGGAUCUAGGGACUGGCGAAUCAUGGCGUUAUCUGGAAAACAUUCCGCAGGUCCGUCCUGAGCCAGGCUUCUACGCCAGUGUUUGGGGCGACUCUGUAUAUAUGAAUGCAGGUAGCGGGAUGCCUAUUUCCGGGGUUGUAUUUGGUGCAGACGGAAUCACUCUUUCCAACUACGAGGAUGUCUUGUAUUUUUGA